GAGAGAGAGAAGGGAGAGAGAAAGAGAAAGAAAAAGAGAGGAGGACAAAUCCGCGCCGAAGUCGGUGAUAUGUGUCGCGCUGGCUCCCGGAGCCUCGAUGACCUUGACCCCGCGAGCAUGAAGCACCCAUCGAGGUCAGCGGGUCUCGAGGUUGCUAUGGCGCUUUUCGGCAUGGUUUGGCUGCUGCGCGUCCGCUCUGAGAUGCGUCGUUGCGCGAAAUGUCGGCACGAGGAGAUGCUCGCCCAACAACAACAGCAGCAGCAUCAGCAGCAGAUGCAGCUGCAGCAGCAACAGCAACAGCAGCAACAGUACCAUCACCAUCAUCACCAGCAUCAUCAGCAACGCACGCUGUCGCAGGCUACCAGCCUGCUACAGACGUCCGACGACGGCGUCAGCUCUUCAGCCAACACCCUCUUCACGUUGGACACUCCUGGAGCGGCUGGUCCGGCCGGAAGUUACUGCGAAGUGCACGGAUACGUACAGGCGAAAGAAGAUAUCCAGGAGUUUUAUGAGCUGACGCUGCUCGACGAGUCCAAGUCGGUGCAACAGAAGACGGCGGAAACGAUUCGCAUCGCGGAUAAGUGGGAAGCCAGCGAUGGGCCGAUCACGCCGACCUUCGCCCAGAAUGAGGAUGGUCCAGCCUCCGCCUUGCCGUUGACCCAGACUCUGUCGAACAUUUACAGCCGCAGGUCGGCCAGUCCCGAUGUUCCAGGCCCCGUAGACGAGACUCAGAAGACAUAUGAGAAGAGAUAUGAUAACGCAGGAGCGGAGGAACAGCUGCCACCGCCGCCGUCGCCACCUCAGCUAAAAGAAGCGGCACAGCUGGAUGGAGUCCCCAGACCGAACUCGGUCGACCGCAUCCUCCACCCCGACGGCACCCAGCACAUCGGCCACGAGGCGCUCAACAAGAGUCACGACAGCUGGCAGGGACACGAUAGCGACCAGGCACACACUCCUCUUCUCGCGGCCGACACGAGACACGUGAACGGCGACGAUGACUGGGAGUACGAGGAGAUAGUUUUGGAGCGGGGAGGCGCGGGCCUCGGCUUCAGCAUCGCCGGUGGCACGGACAACCCGCAUUACGGCAACGACACCGCCAUUUACAUCACCAAGCUCAUACCGGGCGGUGCCGCGUCCGCGGACGGGCGUCUGCGUGUCAACGACACGAUACUGCAGGUGAACGACGUGUCCGUCGUCGACGUACCGCAUGCGGCCGCCGUGGACGCGCUCAAGCGGGCCGGCAACACCGUCAAGCUGUAUGUACGUCGGCGGAGGCACACGCAGCUGAUGGAGAUCGAGUUGAUCAAGGGGAACAAGGGCCUCGGCUUCAGCAUUGCCGGCGGUAUCGGCAAUCAGCAUAUACCGGGCGACAAUGGGAUUUACGUGACCAAAAUCAUGGACGGCGGAGCCGCCCAGGUCGACGGGCGUCUGGUCGUCGGCGACAAGUUGGUGGCCGUCAGGAACGCUCUGCACAUUGGUUUCGGCGACAAGAAUCUGGAAAACGUGACACACGAAGAGGCUGUCGCGACCCUGAAGGCGACCCAAGAUCGCGUCGUGCUUCUGGUCGCAAAACCGGAACGUGGAAUGAUACCUCCGCCUCCUCCACCGAUAGCGUCGGACAAUUCGCUCUCGCCUCAGCCACGCAAGCAAAAUGGCUCAGUGUCGGCGUUGGAGAACAACACCGCGGCAUUGCCGUACUCGCAGGAGUCGCGCCACGCGUCUUCCCUUGCCCUGCACAGCGCCGGGACGCCACGCGCCGUUUCCCAGGAGGAUGUCUCACGAGAGGUUCGCACGGUAGUACUGAAUAAAGGAUCCUCCGGCCUGGGCUUCAACAUCGUCGGCGGCGAAGAUGGCGAGGGUAUCUUCAUCUCGUUCAUUCUAGCCGGGGGUCCGGCCGAUCUCAGCGGCGAGUUACGCAGGGGCGAUCAAAUAUUAAGCGUCAAUGGCAUCAAUCUUCGGACAGCCACCCAUGAGGAGGCUGCUGCGGCCCUCAAGGGUACCGGCCAGACAGUGACGAUCGUGGUGCAAUACAAGCCGGAGGAUUACAACAGAUUCGAGGCGAAGAUCCACGAUCUUAAGCAACAGAUCUCGCAACAGAAUGUGAUGACAGGCACCCUCAUGAGGACCUCGCAGAAGAAGUCACUCUACGUGAGAGCGCUGUUCGAUUACGACCCCAACAAGGACGAUGGUCUACCGAGCCGCGGCCUGGCCUUCCGCUACGGCGAGAUCCUGCACGUGACGAACGCCAGCGACGACGAGUGGUGGCAGGCGAGGAGGGUCACUCCUCAGGGCGAGGAGGAGGGCCUCGGUAUAAUACCCUCGCGCAGACGAUGGGAGCGCAAGCAGCGCGCCAGAGACCGCUCCGUCAAGUUCCAGGGACACAUGCCGGUUAUUCUCGAUAAGCAAUCGACGUUAGACCGGAAGAAGAAGAACUUCUCGUUCAGCCGGAAGUUCCCGUUCAUGAAGAGCAAGGACGACAAGUCCGAGGAUGGCUCCGACCAGGAACGAACGCCCACAACACCCGAGAAUGAGAACGAUCCCACCCCAUUCAUGCUGUGCUACACCCAGGACGACACUAACACUGAAGAUCUGUCUUGCGCCGCAGGGAGUAGAGAAAUUUUGUUUCGCGUUCAGCUGCCGUAUAUGGAGGAACUCACGUUAGUUUAUCUGGAAAAGGAGGGCGAUGAGCCCAAUGACGACCUUAGUAGCGAAGAGAACGUGUUGUCGUACGAGGCGGUGCAGCAGCUGACGAUACAGUACACGCGUCCCGUGAUAGUCCUCGGACCGCUCAAGGAUCGCAUCAACGACGAUCUCAUCUCCGAGUUCCCCGACAAGUUCGGCAGCUGUGUCCCACACACGACGAGGUGUAAAAGGGAGUACGAGGUAGACGGACGGGAUUACCACUUCGUGGCGUCUAGGGAGCAGAUGGAGAGAGACAUACAGAAUCAUUUGUUCAUAGAGGCCGGACAGUAUAACGACAAUCUUUACGGAACCUCCGUUGCGUCCGUGCGAGAAGUCGCCGAGAAGGGCAAGCACUGUAUUCUUGAUGUGAGUGGAAAUGCUAUCAAGAGGUUACAAGUAGCGCAACUCUAUCCCAUUGCCAUCUUCAUCAAGCCGAAAUCAGUGGAAUCAGUCAUGGAGAUGAACAAGAGAAUGACAGAGGAUCAGGCGAAGAAAACGUACGAACGCGCUCUGAAGAUGGAACAAGAAUUUGGUGAAUACUUUACUGCCGUCGUCCAAGGUGACACCCCCGAGGAGAUCUACAUAAAAGUGAAAGAGGUCAUCUCCGAACAGUCAGGACCGAACAUCUGGGUGCCCUGCAGGGACCAGCAACUGUGACGUCCUGCCCCCCACGCUCAGCAUGGGCCCAACGCUUGGACCCUGCCGCCGAGGCGUCAAGCUUAAUUACUCACGAUAAAUACAAUUAAGUAACGCUCCAACGCCUUUCCCCGUCCCUCGUCCCUUCCUCCCUCCCACCCACUCCUCCCGCACCCAACCGUGUCUCUUCGAUCGCCUACGCAAUGUAGCACAAGGUUCCCCACUUGAGACACGCGACGCGACGCGGACCGUCGCGAGGGAUUCGAGCCGAAAGAUUACUUAAUAUUUAAUACGCGGGCCACACGACAACCAACAUGACCGACCAAUCCUUCCCUCACCUCCCUCAAUCACGCCUUUUUCCUUGCCCCAGCCUCCGCGCGAAAAUCGAUAUAAUUCUAAGUCGGUCAGGACGCGUCAUUCACACUCCUCCCCGCUAGGAAGAUCGCCGCGAGGGGAAUGCGGGAGGGAGGGGUUGCGCCCGCGCGCGCUCACGUUGAGCUUGAUCCCGAGACGACGCGACGGGCGCGGAGAGAAAUUCGUAAAUUCGUAUCGCAUGAUCGUCGAUUGUUCGUGUGUGAUCGUCCUUAAUUUUAAUUAGAGCGAAUACAAAGGCAGAAGAAGAAGAAAGAUUAAACCUCACGCGAACCGGUGGCGGCGCUCUGUGCGUUCGCGCGUGCACGCGCGCAUGACAGAGAAAGAGAGAGAGAGAGAGAGAGAGAGAGAGAGAGAGAGAGAGAGAGAGAGAGAGAGAGAAGGAAAGAGAGCGCGCGACUUCCUCGGCGACUCGUCGCGCAACGGCCACCGGUUCGCCGCCUCGUUCCUCGAGACAAGCCCGACUGACCCGGGCAGGCCGAAGACCGAAUUAUAGCGCGGCCAAGUCGCAGUAGCCUCCCCAAGUCGGAGGAGAGAGCUCGGUCGAGCCGUUUGACCGCGCCAAGCGUCCACUUGCUCGGUCGCGCUCGGUAUUUUUUAAUGUACUUAACAAGCGCAGUCAACGUCGCUGCGACGCGAACGUCGUGGCGGGAAGAGCUGAGCACGCAGGAGAAAGAGGAGAAAGAGAGGAACACUAAACGGUACAACACACGACUAUAGAGAGGAGCGCGCGCGGAUGAUCAGAGCAGUAGUCCCAGCGCGCGGAGCGACGUUGUGCUCGCCGCAGACGAACCUCACGAGUCAAAGAAACACACGCAAAAUAAAAAAGCAGAAAAAAAGAGAAGAGAGAAACCUCACGGGACAAAUCUUUAGAUGUUAGACACAUAGCGGUAUAUAAUGUUUUGUACAGCUAGAUGACUAAGCCAGUAACUGGGUUAUGUGCAACAUUAUAUUUGCGUGGAGGUGAGACGCGCGACGGACAAGGCAGGUAGGAGAACGUGCACGAGAGAGAGAGAGAGAGAGAGAGAGAGAGAGAGAGAGAGAGAGAGAGAGAGAGAGAGAGAGAGAGAGAGAAGGACAGAGAGAAACAGGGAAGAGAGAAAGAGAAAAGGAACAGAAAGAAAACAUUAUUGUAAUUUAAAUAUCACUACUAAAUUAUUGCUACGAUAGUAGGUAUAUAUUAUUGUAAAUACACAUAAAUUUUCGCGUGUGUGUGUGUGUCGAGACGGGCCGUAGGGAGAAGCGAGAGGUAAGAGAAGGAGAGAGCCCGGCGAGAGGAAGACGCGCGCGCCCGGUGCGCCGAGCCGAUGACGACAAUGACGACAAUUGUCACGGGGGAGAGAUCUCCGGCGCGCGACGGUGUAGAGUUUACGCUCAGGUAUUCGCAUGCUAUACACGCGCUGCGCGUUGAGACACGAAAAAGCGACUUGUUCAUGCCGCCCCGUGUCUCGACGCGCAGCGCCCAACACCGGAGAUCUCGGUGGCCCGCGUCGAUGAGACGUCGCGGUCCGGCUCGGGUGUAUCUUUGGCGGAACCGGUGCGACUGGUUGCUGAACGAGAGAGGGAGAGAGAAGGAAAGAGAGGAAGAGGACGGGAAACCAACGCUCGAUACGAUGUACUUACGACGGUCGAAGGAGAAUCACGUAAGGCGCAAACGGACGAAGACUCUUGCGCUCGCAAGAGAUACAGAGAGAGAGAGAGAGAGAGAGAGAGAGAGAGAGAGAGAGAGAGAGAGAGAGAGAGGAAAAGGGAGAAAGGAAGGAAGAAAAGAAAAACACAGACUCGAUCGGGAUUCCAUUUGCGGAUCCGGUGCCGUUUCGCCGUACAAUGAGAGCGCGAACUCUUGACGUUUUUUCACCCGGUAAUUCGCUAACCCGAGCGGCGACUCUCGAUUACGUAAGGAUACCGUCGCCGCUGCCGCCGCCUCCCUUCACUCCGCUUUUAGCUUUCAUUCGUUCACGGGGCCACGAGAACGCGCGCGCACGCACGCGUGCGUGCAUCGCUUCGUCGCCGCGGCACUUUGUCCGCUUGCUCCUUCCGUUUUCGUAUAGCAUUAAUCGCGCAAAUGUAUGACGAUAGAGAAACCCUUCCCCUACCCCCCUGGUGGAAACGCGAGCAGGAAAGUCGAAUUGCCACACGGUGUCAUUGCGGCGAUUUAAUUGUAAUAUAGUUGUAUCUCUGCAUGUAUAGCCGUCGUGACACGGUAACGUUAGUCGCGGCCACGGAAAUGAUGAUACUGAUGUUGAUGAUUACGAUGCUGAUAAUGACUAUGAUGAUAACGGUGAGGAUAACGACGCUGAGGUAGUGAUAACGCUAAUGACGGCAAGAAUAAUGGUGAAGCCCGAAAGCGCGAACGAAACGGGUCGCGAGGCCUCGACGACGCGCGAUGAUCGCUUCUAAUCUGGAAUAGAGCCGAACGUUUCUUUUUUCCCCUCCCCUUCCCGCCCCCCUUAUUUCGUAGUAAUGUUUACGCAGGGAACGAACGAUAAUCUCGCGCGGACGGUACGCUUUCGAGCUAUUUUUUCCUACCGCGAGUCCUAGAAUUAUUAUUAAGCGCGCGACUGCGAGAUGAAACAAGACAAGUGUGACGAGAGGUACGAAGAAGCGAGACGAGCUUCAGCUUGUGCCUGAAGGACGGAGGGCCUGGCUUCGCCGAGUUGAAAGACGUCUAUCUCGAUGUAAAAGACCGUAUAAAAGAGAAUAAUUAUCGCAGAUACCUAUUAUACACCUCUAUAGUCUAUUUAAUAAUAUUACUUAUUGAAUUGUCAAAAUCUCAUGUUCACCUUGUUUCAUCGUUUUUAAAUAGUUAAUAAACGUUUUACCAAUUUUAAU